ACGUGGAUAUUUGCGUGUACAGGCCGAAGAUUCCCCUGGUUUGGGGCAUGCUAGAAGCAGAGUCAUUCAAGGAGCAAGGAAACGCAUACUAUGCCAAGAAAGAUUACAAUGAAGCGUACAACUAUUAUACAAAAGCCAUAGAUACCUGUCCUAACAACGCCAGUUAUUAUGGCAACAGGGCCGCCACGCUCAUGAUGCUGGGGAGGUUCCGGGAAGCGCUGGGAGAUGCUCAGCAGUCUGUCAGGCUGGACGACAGCUUUGUGCGGGGCCACCUACGGGAAGGGAAGUGCCACCUUUCCCUAGGGAAUGCCAUGGCUGCCAGCCGCUGCUUUCAACGAGUUUUAGAACUGGAUCAUAAGAAUACCCAGGCACAGCAAGAGCUGAAGAACGCCAGUACUGUGCUUGAGUAUGAAAAAAUAGCUGAAGUGGAUUUUGAGAAGCGGGAUUUCAGGAAGGUUGUAUUUUGCAUGGAUCGUGCUUUGGAGUUUGCUCCUGCUUGUCACCGGUUCAAAAUCCUCAAGGCUGAGUGUUUAGCCUUGCUGGGUCGCUACCCCGAGGCGCAGUCCGUAGCAAGUGACAUCCUGCGAAUGGACUCGACCAACGCAGACGCUCUCUACGUCCGGGGUCUCUGCCUGUAUUACGAGGACUGUAUCGAGAAGGCCGUGCAGUUCUUUGUCCAAGCGCUCAGGAUGGCUCCUGAUCACGAGAAAGCAUGUCUUGCCUGCCGUAAUGCCAAAGCACUUAAAGCAAAGAAAGAAGAUGGAAAUAAAGCUUUCAAGGAAGGAAACUACAAACUAGCGUAUGAACUAUAUACAGAGGCACUAGGAAUAGAUCCAAAUAACAUAAAAACAAAUGCCAAACUCUACUGCAACCGGGGGACAGUUAAUUCAAAGCUUAGGAAACUUGAAGAAGCAAUAGAUGACUGCACGAAUGCAGUAAAACUGGACGACACGUAUAUCAAAGCCUACCUGAGGAGAGCGCAGUGUUACAUGGACACAGAACAAUAUGAAGAUGCUGUAAGAGACUAUGAAAAGGUUUAUCAGACAGAAAAAACGAAAGAACACAAGCAGCUGCUAAAGAACGCACAGGUGGAACUGAAAAAGAGCAAACGGAAAGACUACUAUAAAAUCCUCGGGGUUGACAAAAAUGCCUCCGAAGAUGAGAUCAAGAAGGCUUACAGGAAAAGAGCACUAAUGCAUCAUCCAGACCGACACAGCGGGGCAAGCGCAGAAGUACAGAAAGAGGAGGAGAAGAAGUUUAAGGAGGUUGGCGAAGCCUUUACCAUCCUCUCGGAUCCCAAGAAGAAGGCUCGCUACGACAGCGGCCAGGACCUGGAAGAGGAUGGAUUGAACAUGGGAGACUUUGAUGCAAAUAAUAUCUUCAAGGCCUUCUUUGGCGGGCCAGGUGGCUUCAGCUUUGAAGCUUCUGGGCCUGGAAAUUUCUUUUUCCAGUUUGGCUAAAAAACAAAACAAAACAAAAAACAAACACCCAAAACAAAAAACAAAAACAAAUCAACCAACCACACAUACCUGAUCUGCUUAUUUUAACCUUGAAUACGGACAGACUUAGACUCCUUCCUUCAUCACGUCUCGUACUUAGAGCAGUUUCAUUUUUCUCGGUUGGAGACCUCUGUUUUGUGUGCUUUUGUGUGUGAAGAGGAAACCAGCUUGGGGAGGGGAAGGCUUGUGAAUUUUGUUUUACUGUUAACUUUAUUAAAAAAAAAAAAUAAAAAAUAAAGCUUUGAAUCUUUUGGUCCCUCCCUGCUGGCCCAUACUUUCAGACUGUUCCUGCUCCUCAGCAGAGAGGAUUUCCCUGAAGUCCUCCCAGAAUCUCAACUUGUAAGAGAGUGAAGUAAUCUCCUGUUUGGUUUGGUUGGCUCCAGAGCGCAGUAUGGCAGCAUGUCUGGGGUGUGUAGUGACUUGUAAAUCAUCUCCAUCUUCUGAAACUAUGGCCAAGAUUCAAUCAAGUCUGAUACAAUCGCAUUUUACCUGCCAGCUGUCGUCUUUUUUUUUUUUUUUUUUUUUUUUUUUUUUUUUUUUUUUUUCUACCAGAACGGUACGCUUGGGCAUUAACUGAAACGAUAAUGUGUGAGCUUAACAAUUUUGUAUCGGAGAAAUGCUUCUUUGGGUUUGAAAGAGCAGCUUAUGUGAGACUUCCCUGUGAUGCAGCUCGAAUUAAGGGCUCUGUGUUGCCACUCCGAGAAUUGUCCUGUUUGCGGGAAUAUUGAAUUUGCUCUGGGCUGAAUUUCUUCACCGUACUCUUUUUAAUUAAUCCACUUAAGCAUUUAAUAUUUGUGCUAAAACUUGAUUUUGUUGAGCUUGGUGUUUGAUUUUUGUGUCACUGAUCCAUAACGCGGAUGAGCUCUUUCUUUGCUCUGAAGAAAUGCAAAGUAAAAUUCAGGUUAACGAUUGAAAACGGUUACUGUGUGCGUGCGGCAGUGUGCUCUCAAUGUUUACAGGGACUGUACAAAUACGUUAAACUAGUCGGGUAGUUUUCAACUAGAAGUAAUUUACUAGUCCAAAGAAGCAAGAAAAUGCAAAGUCAAACUGAACUGACGGUCUGUCGCUUGCUUCUCUCGCCCGGGGCCGAGCUGCCGCCGUCGGGCUGGGGCCGGCCUGGCCGCGGGGGUGCUGCCAGUGGCCGGGAAAGCGCUUUUCUGUUUCACCCGAGAUGUCGUGAUGCAGCACGAUCUCAGCUGGGAGAGGACUCCGCUUCCAGAAUCCUUCCCUGGUCUUUAGAGAGCGAAGCACCUUUCUGAGGAGGUGCCUUGUUGGCUCAGGACGGCCCGUGGCGGGGCUGGGGCCGGCGCGUGGCGCGGGGGGGCUUUGGGAGGAGGCACCAGCGAGGAGCAGAGUCCGGGCAGCGCGGCCGGGGGCUGCCCCGCCGUACCCUGGGGCCUUUGGAGCCUCAGUUUGGCUUGGCUGAGAAAACGGGUGUUGGUAGGAAUCGCAUGCAAGACGCUUUCCUGGAGCAGCCUGACACUAACUUUUAUAUAAUAUUGGUUGAACUUCUUACUGCGGGAACGAGAAUUGCAAUGAAUUGAUUCUUUGAGCGCUGACAUCUUUGUCUUCCUUCCUUCCGAGGGCUGUCCCGGCCCCCGGGGCUGCAGCGCCCGGGAGCUCCGUUUCCCACAGUUGCAAUAGUGUGGUGGUGCCGCCGCUACGGCCCCGUGGUUGCGUUUGUCAGAACUUUUGACAAUCUGCUUCCGUAGAGGGAAGAUUUAAGGGCUUAAAUUCUAGUACUGCAGAAUAAAGAAAGUAUUUUGUAACUCGCUCCAAAGUCAGCUUUUAGAACGAGCCGGUGUUGAGUAGUAUUUCCAAAAAUAGACUCUACAACGUUUAUUCAAACUUCCUUCGCGCCAGUGUAACGUGAUGGACUUGCCCGGAUUGCACUGCGAGCAAACGAAGGUCCUCGUGUCUUUCAGACUCUGAAGCGGUAACUCCGGGGACUGAAACCCUGCUCUAUGCACACUGAUACUCCUCCAGUUCUCACGGCACUCGUAAAUCAGAGUUUACAGGACUUGUUUUAGCGUGGCAUUCGGGAUUCGUCGUGUCUUGUCCUGUGUGUAUUGAGAUUACUGUACAGUUCGGACUUUUCUCAGCCUUCUGUCACCGCGCAGAGACACGUCCCGCGUUUGUCAGUGGGUUUUGUUGUUAUUUCCCCCUCCCCCAGCGAAGUACGACAGGCUUCCUUCUCUCCAAACUCCGAAUGAGACCAGUCCCUGGAGGACAGGAGGGGAAUGGCUUUUCUUCCGAGAGAAUGUAUACAGCAGAUAUUUAUAAAACUGUACAUGAAUGCAUGAUUUAAUGUAGUUAAAUAUUAAUAUGGUGAGUGCCAAGACUUUUCUAAGGAGCGUGUUACGGGACUCGGGGCGCCCGCCGCAGGUCGCGGGACGGCGGCUCCGGAGCCUCCUGGCGUGGGUCGGACACGCGGGGCGCUUGUUUCUCUCAGAAAAUUCAGCUGGGCCUUGCUUGAGCCGUUGCCUUUCACGCGUGGCGGUUAGGGGACGUCGUUCACGGGGCGUUUGGCGCGUGGCCGCGGGGACCCUUGGUGCCGUUUCUGUGGUGGUGGCGGCUGCGCAGACCCCCCGGCGCCCCGGGAGCUGCCGGAGGCCGGCGUUGGCCGGAGAUAACGAACAAGCAGCUCGAAGUGGGGUCACGGCUCCGCGGUCUCCGGGCGGUCGAGAGCUCCCGGGGGGAGGCGGCGGCAGGGGGUGACGCCCUGGAGCACCAGCCCGGUGGCUGCGGGAGCAUCGAGCCUCUCGCCCGCGCGCUCGUCCCCUCCCUGUCACCACAGGGACUCGGCGCGUGGAGGGAACCACUGGGAAAGCCUUUCCUUUGAACGAAGUCAUUACUGCAAGGUUUCUUCUUUGGCAAAACAGCAAGAGACUUAAUGCUUAACCCCAAAAUGUGCCCCCAGGUGGGCCCGUGAGUAGAACCCCCCGCGUGGCCCCGUCACCGGCCUUGGCUCCUGCCCGGGUGCUCCGGAGGGCGACGGCCGGUGCUGUGAGAAGGUGCCCGGGGGUGGCAGAGCCGGAGCAGGUCGGUGUGUGAGGGAGGGAUCUCGCAGCGGCCGCAGUUCGCGUGGGGGCUCCCGGUGGUCCCAGGAGCUGAGGAGUCGCGGGGCCGUCGCGUUUCCCUCUGGUGUUUUUCGCUGGAUGAUGCUCGUGGUGCCUGAGCUGCUGGGGGGUAGUUUCAGUGACGGGCAGUUGGCAUUCAAAUGAAAACAGAAGCAGUUUUGUGCUUUAAAAAUGAAAACGGGCAUCGGUACCCUCGGCAUGGGGAGACCCUCGCGUGUGCCCGGGUUUGGUGCGGGUUUGCUUUACAAAUGUGAUGCCGUGUCAGCUCCACCCUCUGCGGGGGUGCUGCGAGUCCCCCCCAGCUGCACUGAACCUGGGCUUGGAAUCCGCUGUAAGACCCUGAAGCCUCUGGCUGCCCCCUCUGACGGGCUCUUGGGCGUUUUGGCUACGCAGGGAAGCGCCCGGUUCCGCUUGGGAGCUCGGAGCGAGGCCGAGAGCUGGAUCCUCAGUGCUGAAGGCGUCUGACUGUUUUGUAAAUAGGUUGAUGCAAAUUGAGGA